AAAGAAUUCAAACUUGUAGAAAUAAGUAAUAUUUUUAUGAAAUAGAUUCUAUUGGUAGUAAGUAACUGCUGUUUAUUUAUGCUACUGGACAGCAAAAAUUGAUAGAUGGGAGAGAUUCGUUCACCAUACUUUUCUAUUGAUCAAGAACACCUCAAAGAUAAUGCUGAAAUUCGUUCACCAUAUUUUUCAAGUGCUGGAGACUACCUUGGAGUUAAUGCUGAAAUUCGUUCACCUUAUUUUUCAUUUGAUACUCAAGAUUACCAUGGAGAUAAUGCCGGAAUUCAUUCCUCGUAUUUUUCAGCUGCAGACUACCACGGAGAAGAUGCUGAAAUUCCUUCUGGAACAUUCUUUCACCAAGAUAAUAUUGUUGAGAAUCCAUACAAUGCAGAAACUUUUGUUGAGCAGUAUAUUGUUCAGAACACGCACAACGCAGAAAUGCCCCUUCAACGGUCAAGAGUUGAAGAACUGUACUUGGAUCUUGAAGCUGGAGCUGUACGCAAAAUCAGGAAUUAUUGUAUCUACAGAGUUCCUGAUUCACUUCGCAAAUCAAAUGAAGCCAUCUAUACUCCUCAAGAAGUUUCUAUAGGUCCUAUUCACCAUUGCAAGAAGAAUUUGCAGCUCAUGACAACGCAAAAGGAGAGAUAUUUGAAAGAAUUCUGUAACAGGGUGGUAGGGGAAACAAGGGUGCAACAAGUGAAGUUCCUGGAGAAAAUUUGGAACACCAUUAAAAAGGAUGAAGAGAAUAUCCGCCAAUGUUAUGAAGAUGGUGCUCCUGAAGUUGCAGAAAAUGAUCAGUUUGUGAAAAUGGUGUUGUUGGAUGCUGUUUUCAUCUUGGAGUACUUGUUGAGGAAUAAAGAUUUUAAAAAAUAUGGAGAUGAUUCCUUAUUGCGUAGAAACGGGUUAAUGUUUCGGAUUCGACGAGACUUGUUGCUGCUCGAGAAUCAGUUGCCAUUCUUCAUUCUUGAGAAAUUAUAUAACCAUCUUUUCGAAGACGGCGAAGGAAAUUAUACUUCUUUUCGGGAUCUUGCCUACGAGUACUUAAAUAGGUACAAUGCGAGUGCAUACAAGCUGCAGAGCGACAAGAAUAUAUUACAUUUCACCGAUUUGGUCAGAUCUUCAUUAACCGUCACCCAUCCAGAUCCGAGGAGUGACGAACCGAUUGGAAAAUUUUAUAGCGCAACCAAGCUGCAUGAGGCAGGGAUUAAUUUUAAGGAAUUUCGAAAUGAAUGCUUACUUGACGUAAAAUUUUCUUCUACAAAAGGGGAGUUACGUAUACCACGUCUUCGGAUAGAUCACCGCACUGAACUUCUAUUCGGAAAUCUCAUUGCCUUGGAGCGGUGUCAUUAUAAAGGAGAAGAGUACAUCUGCCAUUACGUUAAGCUACUUGAUACUCUUGUUGCCAAACCCAAAGAUGUGGAUCUCCUCAUUAAAAAUAAAAUCAUUGAGACAGACAGAGAUGGUGCUUCUGUGAAGAAUCUGAUUGACAAGCUUUCGGCAGAAACUCCUGAAGAAUAUUCCAUUUAUUGUAACCUCUACAAGCAGCUGGAUCAACACUACGAGAAAUCCUGGUUGAAAAAUAGCGCAUACAUCAGAAAGGUAUAUUUUGGAAAUCUUUGGAGAGGUACUGCAACUGUUAGCGCUGCUGUCUGGUUCCUCUUCUCUUUUGUACGAACAAUUUGUGCAGUCCUUGCCUUGCGCUAGUACUCCAAGUGGACCAAGUUAGCCCCUGUAAUUUUAUUUCUCUCAUUGUUGCCUUUCGUUGUAUUGUUUGUGUGCUUUCCGUUUCCUUUGCAGUUUUUCAUUGUACUUCAACUCAUGGGCUUUCUUUGUAUUUUGUAAUCAUGACUUUGUAAUGAUGGUUCUGAUGGAUGCUGUCUUCA